AAUUAUUUUAAGGAAAGUCCUCUUUCUUUCAUACUAGAGCGGCUAGGUGGUUAGUUGCAGCUCUGCUAAAAAUAACUAAUUUCCUCAUUUCACUCUGGAAUCACAACUUCAUUUUUUCUUCUUUUUUAGCUGUGGGCUCAUUUGGAGCCAGUUUCUGUCUGUGAAUAUGCUGACCGACAACAUCUUACUGACCCUCUUCUUUGUUUCAGGUGCUCUGGCUGCUUGUCCUCACAAUCCAUCCCUAUUCAUUACUGCACCAAAGAAGAUGGAAGCACUGAGUGGAUCUUGUCUGAUAAUCCCAUGUAACUUCAGUGCUAAACCAGAUCAGGACUUUAACAGCACAAGAACCUUUGGAGUGUGGAUUAAAAGUGACUCCAGAUUUGGCAUCAAUAGAAAUAAUGUUAUUUUCAACAGUAGUGGGACAGUUACCACCUAUCCAAUGAGUAUUACUGGAGAGCUGAGUCAGAAAAACUGCACCACCUUGUUUUCCAGUUUAAUCACAAAUUACACUGACAGAUACUUCUUCAGAAUUGAGAGCGGGACAUUCAUAGCAACAGCUUCUUGUGAUCCUCUUCAAAUAACAGUUCAAGAUUCCCCCCCGAGGCCCAGAAUUGAGAUCUCAGGUGAUCUGAAGGAGAAGGAGUCUGUCACUAUAAGCUGCUCAGCUUCCACUCCCUGUCCACACUCCCCUCCUAAACUCACCUGGAAUCUCCAACAAGACCCUCCCAACAACAUAGAGGAGAACACAGAUCAGACCUUCACAACUAAAAUCCAGAAGACCAUCACUCUGUCAGACACACAUGAUGGAUUCACCAUCAGCUGUUCUGCCACAUAUCCUGUGAAUGAAGGAAGAGAAGUCAAGACAGCAGAGGAGAGAAAGACUCUCAAUGUUUCAUAUGCUCCCAAGGACACCUCAGUGUCCAUCAGUCCAUCAGGUUUGGUGUCAGCAGGUAGCUGGGUGAACCUGACCUGCUCCAGCAGAGCCAAGCCUCCCGCCAGCUUCAGCUGGUUCAAGAACAGCAAAGAUGGAGCCAUCAGUGUAGCUGAAGGAGACUUUUACAGCGUCAAAGUGACCAAUGUCACUGAUGGAGUUUAUUACUGUGUGGCUACAAAUGAUCUCGGUAAUCAGACAUCAUCAGAGAUCCAUGUGACUAAUGAAGGAGCAACAAAGCUCGAUCCCUCUUCACCAUGGGGGGCGGUUGUUGGAGUGAUCAUUGGGAUCAUCAUACUCCUCUGUGUGAUCGUUGCUGUUUGGUGGUAUAAAACAAAACAUCCAACUUUACAACAGACACAGAGCCUAACAGCUGAGGGGCCGGCUGUUCAAGAGCCAGCCAGAGCAACAGAAACAGAAGACAUCCAUUAUGGGGAGAUCGACUUCUCCAAGCAGAGACCUGAAGCGUCCUCGGCCUCGGAGCAGGACAGAGGACAGCAGCAGGACACGCUGUACGCACAGGUCAAAGUUUCCAGGACAGCAAAGAACGUAAGACGGACUGCUGGCGGCCCAGAGGAUCUCUACGCUCUAGUGAAGAAAUAAAUGAGUUUAUGGACAUACACGGACAAGAUUUUUUGGGGGGCAAUUUUAUUUGACAGGACAGCUUAAGACAAGAAAGGGGGGAGAAAGGGGGAACAACAUGCAGCACAGGGCCCAGGUUGGGAUCGAACCCACGGUUGCUGCGGUAAGGACUGGGCCUUUGUACAUGGGCACACACUCAACCAGGUGAGGUGCCCGGCGCCCCUGGACAAAUAUUUAAUUGUUAGUAUUACAAGGAAAUAUUGGCUUCGCAACCUGAAUGUUUUUGCAAUACAUUUAAAGUGUGACAUUUUGAAUGUUGUUUAAUAAAUGAAGGUGUGUAGUGUAGCGGAAUUAAUCUUCACAUGAGAGACAGAUCAGCUGCUUCAUGGAAACUAUCAACAGUCUCUCUUUAGCAUUGUGUGCUGCAUGUUGGAUUCCUCUGCACUUUGUUUUGUUAAAGGACCAGUGUGUAGGACUUAGAUGGAUCUAUUGGUAGGAAUAUAAUGUUCAUAAUUAUGUUUACAUUAGUGUAUAAUCACCUGAAACUUAGAAUUGUUGUGUUUUCGUUGGUUUAGAAAAAACCUUCAUUUCUACAGUAGGGUCCUCUUCCACGGAGCCCACCAUGUUGCUACAGUAGCCCAAAACAGACAAACCAAACACUGGCUCUCACAUUAGUUCUUAGAUUUUUUCACGCCAAGAACCCAAAACUGACACAAAUUAGACCAUGGACUCUCAUUUAAUAAGAUUUGUCCCAUG